CAGUAGUGUUUUGUAAGAAAGUGUCGAUUGCCGAGUCAUGGAAUACUUUGCUCCAUGCAUGCUGCAAGAAGAAUAAGGACAAUUUACAAGUGGAUACAACAAGAUUACAAUUAUUGUUGUUUUUGACUUUUAAUAUCUCUUCCCGUAAAACGGGUUAUUUGUUUGGAGCUUCAAUUCACUAAAUCGCUUUCCAGCACCAGCUUGUCUUGAGAAGCUCCCAGCCACCAUGGUGCUAGUGCAAAGCUACUGUGAGGCCAGCGCUUCCAUUUCCGAAGCCUGGCUGGAGGGCGGCAUCUCGCCCUGCUUCUACUUCACCCUGGUGCCCACGGUCCUGCUUACCCUCUCCUUCUUCUUUGGCGCCUUCCACUGCGUCUGCUACCGCCGCUACGGCACCGAGAUGGAGCCCAAGUUCGUGCCACGCUCACGCCUCUAUGGCCUCCAACUGGGAGUCUCCCUGCUCCUCCUGCUACAGUUCCUAGGGGGGCUGGUGUGGAGGGCUGCCGGGGGAGGGGAGCUCCCCGGCUAUGUGGUGCUGUAUGGCUGCCUGUCAAUGCUGGGCUGGGCCUGGGCCGUGGCCCUGCUAAAACUGGAGAGGAGGUGGGUGCUGGUGAGGGACCGGACAAGGGGCCACAGCACGGUGCUGCUGCUCUUCUGGGCUGUGGCAUUCUCAGCAGAGAACCUGGCCUUCGUCUCCUGGGCCAGCCCCUACUGGUGGUGGGGCCUGGAGAACACACAGCAGCAGGUGGAAUUUUCUCUGUGGUUGAUGCGCUACAUCGGCACAGGAACACUUUUCUUCCUGGGCCUGAAGGCUCCGGGGUUACCACGGAGACCGUACAUGCUCCUGAUCAACGAGGACGAACGUGACGUGGAGGGCGGCACUGGCCAGCCCCUGUUGGAUGGGACAGAGGAAUCCCAGUCUACCUGGCAGGACUUUGGGCAGAAGGUGCGUCUGCUGGUGCCCUACAUGUGGCCCAAAGGAAGCAUGCUGUUACAGGGCCUGGUGGUGCUCUGCCUGUGCCUGCUGGGUCUGGAGAGGGUCAUCAAUGUCUUCGUGCCCAUCUACUACAAGAACAUUGUGAAUGAGCUGACUGAUGGAAGCAGCUGGAAGACCUUGGCCACCACUGUGUGUAUCUAUGUCUUGCUCAAGUUCCUGCAAGGUGGAGGGGCAGGUGCGUCUGGCUUUGUCAGUAACCUGCGCUCCUUCCUGUGGAUCCGCGUGCAGCAGUACACCAACCGGGUGGUGCAGGUGCGUCUGUUCGGCCACUUACACUCACUGUCACUGCGCUGGCACCUGGGCCGGCGCACCGGGGACGUCUUGCGCAGCAUCGACCGCGGCACCUCCUCCAUCAACAGCCUGCUCAGCUACAUUGUAUUCAGCAUCUUCCCCACCAUCGCAGAUAUCGUCAUCUCCAUCAUCUACUUCAUCACCUACUUCAAUGCCUGGUUCGGACUCAUCAUAUUCGUCUGUAUGUUCCUCUAUCUCACCCUUACCAUCAUCAUCACGGAAUGGAGGACCAAGUACAGGCGAGACAUGAACACCCAGGACAACAACACAAAGUCCAAGGCGGUGGACUCCCUGCUCAACUUUGAGACGGUGAAGUACUACAACGCAGAGAAUUACGAGGUGAACCGUUUUGAGGAUGCCAUUCUGAAGUAUCAGACCUCAGAAUGGAAGACACAAGCCUCUCUGGCCUUCCUGAACCAGACACAGAACCUGAUCAUCGGUUCAGGUCUACUAGCCGGGUCACUGCUCUGUGCCUACUUUGUCCAGGAGGGCAAGUUUAAGGUUGGAGACUUUGUCCUCUUCGGCACCUACAUCAUCCAGCUCUACACCCCUCUCAACUGGUUUGGAACCUACUACAGAAUGAUCCAGAACUCCUUUAUCGACAUGGAGAGCAUGUUUAAGCUCUUUACAGAGGAAGAGGAGGUAAAGGAUGUGGUGAAUGCAGGGAACCUUCUCUAUAAACUGGGAAAAGUGGAGUUUGAGAAUGUGUACUUUAACUACACUGACGGGAAGGAGAUUCUUAAGGACGUAUCAUUCACUGUGCAGCCAGGCCAUACUGUUGCAUUGGUUGGCCAGUCAGGGUGCGGUAAGAGCACCCUCCUUCGCCUGCUCUUCCGUUUUUAUGACGUCCAGGGAGGAUGCAUCCGCAUCGAUGGCCAGGACAUCUCUAAGGUGAAGCAGGUGUCUCUGCGUGCCCACAUUGGCGUGGUGCCCCAGGACACGGUCCUCUUCAAUGACAACAUCCGCGACAACAUACGCUACGGACGCAUCUCCGCCAGCGACCACGAAGUGGAGGAGGCGGCCAUCGCCGCAGACAUUCACGAGAAGAUCCAGACGUUCCCAGAAGGAUACGACACCCAGGUGGGCGAGAGGGGUCUGAAGCUGAGCGGGGGGGAGAAGCAGAGGGUGGCUAUCGCCCGGACCAUCCUCAAGGCCCCUCAGAUCAUCCUGCUGGAUGAGGCCACAUCUGCUCUAGACACACAGACGGAGCGCAACAUUCAGGCGUCGCUCACCAAAGUGUGCUCCAAUCGGACCACCAUCGUCGUGGCUCACAGGUUGUCGACCAUCAUCGGUGCCGACCAGAUUCUUGUUCUAAGUGACGGUCAGAUAGCAGAACGAGGACGGCAUGAUGAGCUGCUGGCUAAGGGAGGGUUGUACUGUGACAUGUGGAUGAAGCAGCAACAUGCCCAGGACUCGGACUCAGCCUCUGACACAGAAGCCAAAGACAGGAAGUCUGAGAAACUACAGCCCCCAUCAGUCACUGCAGGCCACAGGAGCCACUGAGGAUAGAGUGAGAGGUCAAGGAUAAGUAGACAUUGUGAGGAGACGGAGGAGGAGGAGGGACACAGGGAGAGGAUUAGAUACCUCAAACGGCUGUUUUGUCUGCACUUUUUUAGGGUAUCUGUCCAUCAAGGUUCAUUCUGUUAUGAGUGAAGUUAAGCACAUUUAUUGGGUAUUUAAUGUUUGAUCAUUCAAUCAAAAUGUUUGUGCCAUGGAUGCCUCAGGCCAGUUGUUUUUAAGUGUAUUCAGGAUCGUGUUCAUUAGGUUAAUUAACAGAAAAUGUAAAAUUAGUGUUUCUUAUAGGACAAGCCCAGGAAGUCCCUCCUUAUUGCAGUCUGUUUUGAUCUGUUUUGUGCGUAAUUCAUCUCAUUUUCCCCACCCCAAUAUUUUUUAAUUGCUUGUCAAAUGCUCGUUAACGUGUCGGAAAAGAUACUAGAACGAGUAGCAGAAGCAGGGCGGUAGCUCCCUCCCACACACACUCUUUCUGCAUGUUACGGGCAAGUCAAGGGGCCAAAUGUCCCCUCCCCUUCAAAAAUGUGAAAGAUGCGAACACCUGCAAAAUCCCGAUUUCUCCAAAUGAACAGUGGCAAAACAUCUGUACACCAGAAACAAAUUUCCUUGCUGUUGUCACAUCCCACAGUCUGUUGACAUACACUACGAUACCAGUUCUGUUACGUGCGUCUGUCCACGAGAGAUUAGUCCGUAAUGAACACGACCAGGACUCAAUAUAAUUUGUCCUCUUGCUGUCUGAAGUCGGUUGACUGCAGCCGUCCAGAGAAGUGGCAGCAAAUCCAAAGUAGACUAAUCCCUACCCUUAAGCGCAGGAAUAGGCAGUUUGGCACAGUGUCUCACAACACUUUGAAUUGUUGACUAAUGUUUAGUGGUUGACAAAUGUUUUAUUUACAGCAUCUAGAGAUUUUUACUAUACCCACUUUAAGCUUAUUUUGUUAGCUAUUAUACAAGCAAUAGACUUACAUAAUACUUUAUAGACUAAUGAAAAGAUUCAGACUGAUUUAAAUGUUUAACAAAGAAAUCAGUUGUACUCUAAUUGUUUUUUUUUAAAGUACAAAGGUAUGUGAUCGAGAACUUCAACUUUAACAUUUUAAUUUGGUUAUUAGUAAAACAGAUAUUUAGUCUGUGUUUGGUCUGUUUCACAUCCAAGCUGCAUUAAUUUUACCCCAAUCUGACUCAGGUAUUAUCAUGUACAGUCUAGGUGUUGACUGAUGCAUGCCAAAUUAUCCUGGUUGUAACUUUUAUUUGUCACCAAUGGUGAACAAUAAGAAGUACUGGCAGAAAAUUUAAGAAAACAGAAUCGAUAGAAUUGAUUACAUUUCCAGCGGAAAAGCAAACCUUUCUCUAUGAAUGAACUCUCAAGGCUGUCUGUGCUGCUACCUAUUUUGAUUAAAGAACUACUGUCAGUGUAUCUUUAUUUUAAUGGAAGAAAUUAGUCUGUAUUUGAAUUUGUUAAUAUCUAUGCCUUGCAUUCCCAAGGCAGUGUGGAGUUUGUCAAUAUCUGUUGAUAAUAAUCACACUCCAGUACGUAUUGUCAAAUUCUGUUUCAUUUAUUUUUUACAAAGGGCCAUAAGGGAAGGUCUAGCCAUUUAGCUGAACUUUAGUUAUUUGAGAGAAUGGGGACUUUACAAUACCGUUCAAAAGUUUGGGGUCACUUAGAAAUGUCCUUGUUUUUUAAAGAAAAGCUUAUUUUUUAUGUCCAUUAAAAUAACAUCAAAUUGAUCAGAAAUCAAAUUGAUCAGAAAUACAGUUAAUGUUGGAAAUGACUAUUGUCGCUGGAAACGGCAGAUUUUUUUUUAAAUGGAAUAUCUACAUAGGCGUACAGAGGCCCAUUAUCAGUAACCACCACUCAUGUGUUCCAAUGGCAUGUUAUGUUAGCUAAUCCAAGUUUAUCAUUUUAUAAGGCUAAUUGGUCAUUAGAAAACCAUUUUGCAAUCAUGUUAGCACAGCUGAAAACUGUUGUCCUGAUUUAAAGAAGCAAUACAACUGGCCUUCUUUAGACUAGUUGGGUAUCUGGAGCAUCAGCAUUUGUGGGUUUGAUUACAGGCUCAAAAUGGCCAGAAACAAUUAACUUUCUUCUGAAACUCGUCAGUCUAUUCUUGUUCUAAGAAAUGAAGGCUAUUCCAUGCGAGAAAUUGCCAAGAAACUGAAGAUCUCGUACAACGCUGUGUACUACUCCCUUCAGAACAGCGCAAACUGGCUCUAACCAAAAUUAAAAAGAGUGGGAGGCCCCGGUGCACAACUGAGCAAGAGGACAAGUACAUUAGAGUGUCUAGUUCGAGAAACAGACAGCUCACAAGUCCUCAACUGGCAGCUUCAUGUAAUAGUACCCGCAAAACCCCAGUCUCAACGUCAACAGUGAAGAGGCGACUCCGGAAUGCUGGCCUUCUUGGCAACGUGUCAUUGGAACACAGGAGUGAUGGUUGCUGAUAAUGGGCCUCUGUACGACUAUGUAGAUAUUCAACAAAAAAUCUACCAUUUCCAGCGACAAUAGUCAUUUACAACAUUAACAAUGUCUACACUGUGUUUCUGAUCAAGUUGAUGUAAUUUUAAUGGACAAAAAAAUGGUUUUUCUUUCAAAAACAAGGACAUUUCUAAGUGACCCCAAACUUUUGAACGGUAGUGUAUAUCUACGUAAAGUCCUUAGGGUUACGGGUUUGGGGUUGAAUCGGAAUUGGAAACUGUCUGCAUUAAUCAAGUGAAAACUGACAUACUUAACAGCCAUAUAGUGCACGGCGGACUUUACAUCAUGAAACGUUGUCAGACUGUGAAAUACUUAGAUGAAUCCCAAUGCAUUUGAGCAUUUGUGACUGCAGAAGUAAUAACAAAGAGCUAGAGUGGUUCUGCUAGCAAAUCAUUGCUCUACCACUACUGUCAAUAAUUUGUAGGUGUACAAUGUGCACAAAUUAUUGCAGUCAAAUGACUUACAUUAAUGCACCAUGAGUUUGAAAUGUUCUGUACCAAUGAGUGACAUUGACACCACAGGAGGUUGGUGGCACCCUAACUGGGGAGAACGGGCUUGUAAUGGCUGGAGCGGAAUCAGUGGAAUGGUAUCAAAUACAUCAAACUAUUGGUUUCCGUGUGUUUGAUGCCACUGCAUUUGUGCCGUUCCAGCCAUUCUUUUUGCGCAGGCCUCCCCUCAGCAGCCUCCACUGAUUGACACAGAGAAAAAUGUGUUUGUUUUUUCUUUCUAUUUAUAUGUUAAUAAAGGGUAUAAUUAAAGGUGUAUAAUGACGAA